GUCUCGCAUUACGAUUGGUCAAAGGUACUUCGUGGACCCUGCGGCGUAUUUAGAACCGUGCGAAACUUCAACAUAAAGUGGUUUAUAUGUAUGAAAAUUGACGAAACAGCUGUAUGAGCAGAUAACUCUUCAUUCAAGAUCUAUGGCGUAGUGCAAGGGCUUUUUAUUUUAAAUUAGGCGUUGAAAGAGUUGGAUUUACAAGCAAAAUGAGUGGUGUUGAAGAGGAAAGCGCYGAGGGUGCGAACUUGUCGCGAAGCAACACGAAUAUCAAAGACGACAAGAUCGUUACAAUGGAAGAACAUCAAAAGAUUUUAGAAAAACUUCGGCAGUGUGAGGACGAAAAGAUGAAAAUUAUGAAAGAUCACGGGGACUUAAUAAAGGAGUUCAAUAAGAGAAUGCAUGUUCACCUUGAAGAGAUUCGAUUGUUGAAGGAAGUCAACCAUAAACUUCAAGCGGAUAUGCAAGAACUCAGAGACUUAUGUUGUUACUUGGAUGACGAUCGGCAUAAAUGUCGUAAACUUGCGAGAGAAUGGCAGCGAUUUGGCCGACAUACCACCACUGUGAUGAAAAAUGAAAUAACAGACUACCAAGAGAGAAUUAAAUUUCUUGAAGAUCGUCAAGCUAGGCUAUCAUCGAAUAAUAACGAACUCAAAGAAUUGUGUCUGUAUCUUGAUCAACAACGCGAUGCUCUGACUAAGAAUUCAGACGUUUGUAGCAAAUGUUCUAUAUCAACAGACAGUGCAUCAAGCUCACCGAAUGGAAAUAGUGUCCAUGACAUUUUAAGAGAAAAAGGCGUCAGAUACUCAGAAAAGCUUGAAUCAAGACUAAGUUCCAUUGGAUUGGAGAGAAGAAACUCAUUUUCUAAAGAGGGAGCAUCAUAUCUAAAAAGUAGAAAAAAGAGAGUGUCAUUUACAUUUCCAGAAGAAGUUGACACAGAUACUGACAGUGCUGAUAGCUUUACUCGAACAAAUGGUUAUAAAGAUGGUUCAUAUCCAAGUAGUGGCAUUUUAAGAAAUGGAGUUCAACAUCAUACUAAAAAGGGAGGUUUGUCAUUCUCUAAUAACAAUAAUAACAUGACCCCAGAAGCAGUAGCACAAGCAAUGAAAGUUUUAGAAAUCCAUGAUAAACUAGAAGACCAAACCAAGACUACUACUACUACUACUACUACAGAAAAAACAGAAAAGUUAGAUGAGAAUGAAGUAGCAGUCUUGAAGGAAAUGUGUAAUGUUGUAUGGAGAAAGUUAUCAAAUGGAAAAGAACCUGAUUGUAACAAAGUCAAUGGACAUGGUGAGCCACAAGGAGAAAUUUUACAGGACUUGCUAUAAUGAUUAACAACAUAUAAUAAUCACCAUAGACAAGGUAAUGGAUGUGGCAAACAAGGAAAAAUCUAAGACUUGCUAUUAUUAACACUAUAUAUCAAAUGACUAAAUAUAAGCAAUGCCAACAAAGUCAAUGGGAUGGCAAACAACAACAGGAGAUGGUGUCGUGAUGAACACAGUAUGUUACCAGACAUUUGCAAUGGAAACAAACAUGYAAACAGGGAGGAAUUUUACAAGACUUGGUAUGAUUUAUGACACCACUGAUAAUAGUACAAAUAGACAAUGCAAUGGAAAUGGCAAGAAGAAGUCUUAGCUCUGAUUAAGACAACAACAUCAAUUAAGGUUGUCAGGUGUGCACAAUGUAUUGGUGUGGUCAGUCAUUGUUAUACAACAUUUCAAAUAUGCCACCCAGAGGCUAUUUUAUUAAAUAUGCAUAUUGCAUCCCUACAGAAACUGUUCCAAAAUGAAACAUUGCCAGGAAUGGACAAUUCCUAACACUGGAUGGUCAGUUGACUUUAUUGUCCUAACAAAAUCAAGCAUCGUGUGUCAUAYAUUUAAUUCCAUUAGUGAAGAGGAAUUUUCAGUAAUAGCAAAACUAGCUAAUAUUGUUUCAUCUUGCAAUGGAAAUGCAGAGGACUGGUUAAUUUUAAUUUCUGAAGCUUUUAGCUAUUUUUGUUUGAUUAUGAUUAAAUUACCCUAAAAAUGA